GGCUGGGCAUUAAAUAUAUCUGUAAGCAUUGUCGCAGGCCGACAUCACGCGAGUGAAAAUGUCAGAAAAAGAUUCAAACACUCACAUAGAAGUUCCAGUUGUUAGUCAAAUGGAGUACGAAAUGCACAAAAAAACAUCUCCAAAAGGGCGCAGGUCUUCGCAGACGAGAGGAAGUCGAUUGGUAAACAAGAGCGGUAAGGUGCACUUACGUUCUUCCAAAGUACCUCAGAAAAGAGAACGAUUCCUGGCCGAUUUCUUCACGUCUUUGAUCGAUGCGAAAUGGCGAUGGGUUAUCGUGUUGUAUUCUGCGGGUUUCAUCCUCAGUUGGUCGUUGUUCGGGACUGCUUGGUUUGUGAUCUUUUGGCUCCGGCAUCGAUACGACAAUGGCGUAGUCUGUGUAGAUAAUGUUGAUUCUUGGACAUCGGCGUUUUUAUUCUCAGUUGAAACGCAGACCACAAUUGGAUAUGGUGGACGGCAGAUAACCCCACAAUGCCCCGAGGGUGUGGUAUGUCUUCUGCUCCAGUCUCUCACGGGCUUACUUCUGUCUACGUCACUCCUUGGCCUCAUUUUCGCGAAACUUUCCCGCCCUCGUCCUAGGUCCCAAACGGUGAUGUUCUCGAAGCACGCUGUAGUCGCUCCGUACGAUGGAUUCUUAUCUUUAAUGUUUCGCGUGGGAGACGCGCGAAAAAGUCAGUUACUCGACGUGGCAAUCUCACUUCACUGUUUCCGUUUUCGGACCACCGCGGCGGGCGAAGAGUUCUUGGUCUCUCAGCAAGAACUUCCAAUCACCACGGAACAUGGUAUCGAGAUUGGCGAGCAGAUUAAGCCAUUCUUUCUAAUACCUCUGACAGUCGUGCAUGUCAUUGACGAGCGCAGUCCGCUGUACGAGCUCGGGGCUCAAGAACUCGCAGCUUCCCGGAUAGAAAUUAUUGCUGUUCUGGAGGGCGUCGUGGAAUCAACAAGCAUGGUUACCCAGGCCAAGACUUCUUACUUAGCCGAGGAAAUUCUUUGGGGUCAGCGGUUCCAUCCUAUUUCGCUUUGUCGAGGCAAAAAAGCUGACUUGUCAUCUUUUGAUAAAACGUACCGUGUGCGAACGCCCCCAUUUUCGGCCAAGGAGUACGAGAGAUCAAACCAAAAAGGAAUAAAAAUCGACGAAUACAAAACGUCUGUAAGAGAAAAGGGAGAACUAUCAAAUGGAGAUGAUUAUCAGGUUUGGAUUCCCAUAAAACGAAACCCAGAAUCAUCGACGAAAAACGAAACUAAUUCCAAUAAUAACUCCGACAUAGUUUAAAGCAUGGUGAACCAGCCGACAUAUGCCAUGUUGAAAGAAGAAACUUGAUCAAAAUGAUCACACAGCAUUUUAUUCUAGCUGAUCAUGAAAGACGUCUUUUUUCAACAGUGUAUGGUUGUUUAAAACUAGGUAUUCUCCUCAGGAAAAAUCGGAAAGAGAGGGAGAGGCCAACGGAAGAAAGGAGUGUAUAUUAAUGGCGUGCAACUUCAAAAGUGCCAUGAAAAUGAAUCGGAAAUGAAAUGCCCCUUUGUUAAAAAGAAAGUAACAGCAGUAACAAAGAGCAAGACUUUUUUGAAUUUGGAUAGAACAAGCAGAAAUCUUGUAAAUAGGUAUUUUUAUAGCCAUAUUUUAUUGUUAUAUUUUUUAAUGAAAAAUGUAGCCUAAACACUCUCACAUUUUAAAUGUGUUAAAUUAGUUUUUCGCAUACAUGUACAUUAAAAUAAAUAAAUUUUAAUAACGGCGUAUUUUUUCCUUAAAUUAGGGCUUGGCACAAUUUAAUUUCAUCUUAAUUAUACUUGUAAACUAAACGUACAGAGAAAAGAACUAUAUUUUAUAAGUGGCAAUAACAACAACAAGGAUGUUUUCAAAUAAAACCUGUUUAUACAUCAA